GCAAACGGGAGGCAAAGGUAAUGUUCUGUGGUUACCAUUUAGUCAGGUAUUUAAAGUUCACCUAGGGCUUAAAGGAGAGGGGCUAUGCCCUGUGGGGAAAGUGUGGCUACCGGUGCAUUUAUUUUGGCGCAGAGAGGCGGACAGUCGUACAGUCAAUGGACGGAGAGGAAAGUUUUAAGAAGUAAAAAUUCUGAAGGCACCUGGACGUUUGCGGCUUCAUUCUAAUUAAAAUAACACGUGGGCUGUAUUUUUAUCCAGGGCUAAACUUAUGAGUGUGUCUUGACCGGAGUAACAAAGGUUUUUUCUUCAGUGUCGUGAGGACAACAAAAGAGACUGCGCUGAAGAUGCGAGAGGACACGCUCUAAUUCAGCGGUAAACGUGUGGAUCAGCUGUGUUUCUGUUUCUGGAGUGAGUGAAGAGCGGCUGAGCUACAGUCAUGUACCGCUUAAGGACUACAGUGGCUCGGCUUGGGCCCAUUGCGCACGCGGGACAGAACAUCUCUCAGCCCAGACCCCUGCGGGUCAGAGCGGCUCCCAGGACGUUUGAGCCCACGAGACGUCCAAUUACAUCUGUUUCUGCUGAACCUUUUCUCAAUGCCACAAGCUCAAACUAUCUAGAAGAGAUGUACUAUGCGUGGCUGGAGAAUCCAAAGAAUGUGCACAAGUCCUGGGAUGUCUUUUUCCGUAAUGCUAAUGCUGGGGUGCCUCCUGGUCUAGCCUACCAAAGUCCUUUGCAUCUUAAUGGGAUGUCCCAGGGAGCAGAAAGUGCCCCUUCUCUGUUGGGGGCUGAAGCCAAUACAAAGAAACUUGUUGCAGAUCAUCUAGCAGUACAUUCACUAAUUCGUGCCUAUCAGGUUCGAGGUCACCACAUAGCCAAACUUGACCCGCUGGGGAUCAGUUGUGUAGAUUUUGAUGAUGCUCCAUGUGCUGUGGGUUUCCAAAAUGUUGGUUUUUAUGGGCUGGCUGACUCUGACUUGGACAAAGUGUUUCGUCUUCCUACCACUACUUUCAUUGGAGGAGGUGAAAGUGCUCUUCCACUUAGAGAGAUUAUACGACGUCUAGAGUUGGCUUACUGUCAACACAUAGGAGUUGAGUUUAUGUUUAUUAAUGAUGUGGAGCAGUGCCAGUGGAUCAGACAAAAGUUUGAGACUCCAGACAUCAUGCAGUUCAAUGUUGCAGAAAAGAGGACCCUCCUAGGAAGGAUGAUCCGAUCCACCAGAUUUGAAGAGUUCCUUCAGAGGAAAUGGUCUUCAGAGAAACGUUUUGGUUUAGAAGGUUGUGAGUCGCUAAUCCCAGCUCUGAAGACAAUUAUCGACAUAUCAAGUCAGAGUGGCGUGGAGAGUGUCAUUAUGGGAAUGCCACACAGGGGAAGAUUAAAUGUAUUGGCCAACGUUAUUAGGAAGGAGUUGGAGCAGAUCUUCUGCCAGUUUGACUCCAAAUUAGAGGCAGCAGAUGAGGGUUCUGGUGAUGUAAAAUACCACUUAGGUAUGUAUCACAAACGGAUGAACCGUGUGAGUGAUAAGUACAUCACUCUGUCCCUGGUGGCCAACCCCUCUCACCUGGAGGCAGUGGAUUCAGUGGUGCAGGGGAAGACCAAGGCUGAACAGUUCUAUUGUGGGGACACAGAGGGCAAAAGGGUGAUGUCUAUACUUCUUCAUGGAGAUGCUGCAUUUGCUGGCCAAGGUAUUGUCUAUGAGACAUUCCAUUUAUCAGACCUGCCCUCAUACACCACUCAUGGUACCAUUCACGUGGUUGUCAACAAUCAGAUUGGCUUCACCACUGACCCCAGAAUGGCACGCUCUUCUCCUUACCCGACAGAUGUGGCCAGAGUGGUCAAUGCUCCUAUCUUCCAUGUAAACGCUGACGACCCAGAAGCUGUGAUGUAUGUGUGCAAAGUGGCAGCUGAGUGGAGAAACACAUUCCAUAAAGAUGUGGUGGUAGACCUUGUGUGUUACAGGCGCAAUGGACAUAAUGAAAUUGAUGAGCCCAUGUUUACUCAACCACUAAUGUACAAACGCAUCAAAAAACAGAAAGGCGUCCUCCAGAAUUUUGCAGAAAAACUUAUUGGCCAGGGAGUUGUCUCUGCUCAAGAAUAUGAGGAGAUAGUGUCAAAUUAUGAUAAAAUCUGCGAAGAUGCAUAUGCCCGCUCCAAAGAUGAGAAGAUCCUCCAUAUUAAACACUGGUUAGACUCACCUUGGCCUGAUUUUUUCACUCUUGAUGGUCAGCCCAAAAACAUGAGCUGUCCUCUCACUGGUAUCACAGAAGAGGAACUACAGCACAUUGGAAAUAUUGCAGCUAGUGUCCCAGUGAAAGAUUUCACUAUUCAUGGAGGACUCUCUCGCGUCUUAAAGGGUCGUGCCAAUAUGGUAGACCAGCGACUCUGUGACUGGGCACUAGGAGAAUAUAUGGCCUUUGGCUCUCUGCUCAAAGAGGGCACUCAUGUACGUCUUAGUGGACAAGAUGUGGAGAGAGGAACUUUUAGCCAUCGGCAUCAUGUUCUUCAUGAUCAGAAUGUGGAUAAAAGGAUUUGUAUCCCAAUGAACUACAUCUCGCCCAAUCAAGCACCCUACACAGUCUGCAACAGCUCCUUGUCAGAAUAUGGAGUAUUAGGUUUUGAAUUAGGAUUUGCCAUGGCUAGCCCCAAUGCUCUAGUUUUGUGGGAGGCCCAGUUUGGUGACUUCCACAACACAGCUCAGUGCAUUAUCGACCAGUUUAUCAGCUCAGGACAGGCCAAGUGGGUCCGCCAGAAUGGGAUUGUGCUGCUCCUGCCUCAUGGAAUGGAAGGAAUGGGCCCUGAGCAUUCUUCUGCUCGCCCAGAGAGAUUUUUACAAAUGUGCAAUGAUGAUCGAGAUGUAUUCCCUAAACUGACAGAUGAUUUUGCAAUACGUCAACUAUAUGACUGUAACUGGAUUGUCGUCAACUGCUCCAACCCGGCAAACUACUUUCAUGUUCUUCGCCGUCAGAUCCUGCUGCCUUUCAGGAAGCCUCUCAUUGUAUUUACUCCCAAGUCUUUAUUGCGCCACCCAGAGGCUAAAUCUAGCUUUGAUGACAUGCUGCCAGGCACAAGCUUCAGGCGACUAAUCCCAGAUGAUGGACCUGCAUCAACCAACCCUAAAAACGUCAAGAGAAUAAUCUUUUGCACUGGAAAAGUUUACUAUGACCUGACCCGAGAGCGUACAAACAGAGGCAUGGAUAGUGAUGUAGCAGUUGUCCGCAUUGAACAGUUGUCACCGUUUCCUUUUGACCUGGUCAAAAAAGAGACUGACCUGUUUCCAAACGCAGACCUAAUGUGGUGUCAAGAGGAACACAAGAAUCAGGGCUUCUACGACUAUGUUAAGCCACGCAUUCGCACCACCAUCAACAGGAGCCGCCCUGUUUGGUAUGCUGGCCGUGAGUCUGCUGCUGCACCGGCUACAGGAAACAAAAAGACUCACCUCAUGGAGCUGCAGCGCUUGCUGGACACAGCCUUCAAUCUGUAACUUUCUCAGCAAGAAAGCCACCACUGAGCCAAAGCUUUGAAUAUUUAUCAUAGACAUAUCAAAUCAGUUCAACAUAAGCUACUGUGAUUCUUACAAUGUGCACAAUGAACUGUUACUUGAAUGUAGUAGCCUAUUUACACAUGAAUGUAAAUUACAUUUACGUUUUAUGAGAAUUGCAUUUGAGAAUUUCUGAGCUAUGAGCUUUAUUAGACAGGACAGAUAA